AGCUUUGGGCUAGACACUAUUCAAAGAUUUGCUUUGAGCCCUCGUCACGCGUGUGCUAUAAAACCAGACGCCCGAGCACUUAGCGAGACAUAACUUAAAUAUUUGUCGUACUUACAACGUCGUUAAAAUGUCUUACAACUCACCUUUCUUACUACUCACUGUGGGCGUACUCUGCCUGCACACUGUGGUCGGUGUGAAUAUCAUCUCAAGAGCACAAUGGGGUGCUCGUGCUCCUACUAGCACAUCUUAUUUGUCUAAUGGCUUAUCCAUUGCUGUAAUUCAUCACACUGCUAGCGCCUAUUGCUCCACCCAAGCUGAUUGCUCCCAACAAGUCCGCAACAUUCAAAAAUAUCACAUGGACUCUUCGGGUUGGGACGACAUUGGUUAUAACUUCUUGAUCGGUGGUGAUGGGCAAGUGUAUGAAGGACGCGGUUGGAAUAUAGUGGGUGCACAUGUCACCAACCGGAACUCCAAGUCGAUUGGCAUCUCAUUCAUAGGCAACUACAACAACAAUCGUCCGACUGCUGCUCAAAUCAACGCUGCAAAGGCUUUGCUCGCUACCGCUGUCUCAAAGGGCCAACUCAAGUCGGAUUACGCUCUCUAUGGUCAUCGCCAUUUCAAGGCAACUGAGUGCCCUGGUAAUAACCUGUAUAACGAGAUUAAGACGUGGCCACGCUUUAAGGUCUAGCACGUCUUGUGUAACACAUAAAACUUAACC